AAACAACAGGCACCCAUAUCUUAUUUCUUGAUCUUCGUCCUUUUCCCUCACCUUCCACUCACCUUCCAAAAUCCCCAUAUAAAAUCCCCAUUUCUUCCUUCAAACCAAUACCCAUUAACCCCAAUGGCCCUUCCAAUUUCCCCACGAAGCCUCCGAUCCGAUGUGUACUCCUACUCCUACGAGGAGGGCUCGGGUACCCCUUUGGUCAUCGGCGUUGUUGCGUCCUUGAUCGAGAGGAGCAUGGCCAGGAACCAUCGGAUUGCCAAGAAUUGCAUGUCCAUGCCUAGAGAUUCCAGGUCCAGGGCCCUUGUUUUUGAGUGCCGUGAGGCUCCCGACAUGUCGAUUCAGUGUUAUUUGGAGAGGAUUUUUCGGUAUACUAAAGUUGGUCCUUCUGUUUACGUUGUUGCUUAUGUUUAUAUUGAUCGGUUUUGCCAACAAAAUCCUGGGUUUCGGAUCAGUCUUAGGAAUGUUCAUCGCCUUCUUAUCACUACUGUCAUGGUCGCUUCUAAAUAUGUCGAGGAUAUGAACUAUCGAAAUUCGUACUAUGCAAGAGUCGGGGGAUUGACAACAAAGGAGAUGAAUCAACUAGAGCUGGAUUUUUUGUUCAUGAUGGGAUUCAAAUGCCAUGUAAAUCUAAGUGUGUUUGAGAGUUAUUGUUGCCAUUUGGAGAGAGAAGUAAGCAUUGGAGGAGGAUACCAUAUAGAGAGGACAUUAAGAUGUGCUGAAGAGUUGAAGUCUAAACAAAGCCAACAAGCCUCAUUUAAUCAAAUGGCUCGUAUUACAUUGUAAAGAUCAAAGAUGCUGCCUUUUUUGUAUAGUUUAUAUGAUAAUAUAUAUUAAAAUGUCUUUGGUUCUUUUGAAUCAUUGUUUCAUUUGCCGACACUUGCUUAAUAUUUACUCAUGUAAUAUAAAGGACCUUAUUGAAUUAUUAUUCAAUUGUAUUAAAUAA